AUGUGGGUGGAGAUCAUCUGCGGGGUAGUCAUCUACAAGCUCUUGUGGCGGUUCUUCCUCAACGACAGUGAUAAAUUUCCACGGCUGGACAGCGGCGACUCCCGCCUCUGCUUCCUCGUCGCCGACAGGUCUCACGAAGCGUUAAGCCUCUGCCUAUAAUCCCACCCUUGGGCGUUGCAUGGUCCUAAUUCGGGGUCGUCGUGUGGUUUCUGCAGGUUUGAGAAGGUGUAUGGCGGGAAGGCAUAUGUAGGGCUCCGAAUUCCUGAUGCCGACAGUGGGAGUAGGCAGAGUAUUGAUGCCGUCCUCGUCACGGAAAGGUCUACUUUUUCUUCCGUUGUAGUCAGUACGGUGAACUUCAGCGGAUUUUGGUCAGAUCAACAUCUUGUUUUUCGUUGUAUUUAUUGUCUUUACAUGGGGUUUUUACUGUGAUUCUUCGCAGAGAGAUGAUCGUGAUCGCGGUUAGGAACUUUGGUGGAUAUGUGGAGGUUGGCAAAGAUCGCACCUGGAUUUGCGCGGGGGACAGACAAGGUGAAAAGGGAGUACAUGCAGAUCCGGUUUGUGUACACCUGCCUUUCUAUUUGCUCUUCCUCAUCUCUCUCUCUCGCACACUUUCUAAUUGGCUGUUAUUUAUACUUCUGUCCUGAUUAAUUAUAAUUAGAGGUCUUCAACCGCAGUGUCUUUGUUCCGAUUUUUUUGAUCAUUUGCGUGAGCUCUUCUCAUCUCCUUCGUUCUGGUUAACGCGCUACAGAAAAGUUUACCCGGUGUGCCUACUCCCCCUGUCCGUUUUAUUGUCUUCAAAAGGGUUUUCUAUGUGGAGCUCCGUAUUUAUGUUAUUGUUGACCUUUGAAAUACUUUGGUGAGAUCAUUUUCUGAGAAGAAUAAACGCUACCAUGCACUCCCUUCUAUCUUUACUUCAGUUUUUGUGUCUGCUUUCUCCUGCAUAAUGUGCUUUGUUCUUCAGAGGUUCCAAUUGGAGAAAUGUACUCACUAGAAUUGAGUAUCCGUGCUGCUUUUACGGUACAGUGUAAAUGAUUUUGCAUUUCAUCUUGGAUUACACUGACCUUGUACGAUAGAUAUUCUUGGAUAUUUUCAAUCAUGAAGAUGUCCGAUUUAAUGAAAUUUCAUCUCUUUACAAAACUGGUGUUUUAAAUUUUUAUCUGCCUUAAAAAGCAACUUCCUACGUUCUGAAAAAUAACACCACAGCCCAUUCUUGCUGGAGCUAAAAUUUUGUAUGAACCAUUUCGGAUGUUGAGUGUCCAAAAACCCUAAAUAGAACAUUUUAUCAUGUUUGAAUGGACUAGGAAAUAACAGUUUUUUUGGAAUGGAAAAAAAGGUUUUUGGCUGGAGCUGCACUGAAAUACAGCUUUUUUGGAAACGGUUGAAAAUUUUCUAAUGGCAGAGGAUCUAGUUUUGUUAGAAAAAGAGUGAUGGCUUAUUAUCACGGGAGGUUUAUUAGUCACCAAUCUUCAGUGGUUUUAGCUGUGUUGUACUCUAUUUCCGUGCCAUGUCAUUUUUCCGCAAGGAUGCAUAAUUCAUCAAGUUUAAUAUCUCUAUAUAAGCAAAUAUUUCUGGGGAUUUUCAGAGUGAAGAUAUUUAGAUAAGCUUUGGUUAGACUGUUGUUUAGACAGCUUAGAAAGUAAAUUUUCAAAAUAAUAUAACUUUAAAAAAGUACUUUGUUUGUCAACGUUCUAUUUCUUCUACUUUCUACCAUGAUACAGGCUCUGCUGCACUCUGAAGGAUGGAUACCAUCAAACCCCUUUUCUACGAUAGUAGAGCAUAUGGUUUUGGAGUUCAUAUUGCAUAGGCUAACAAAGUACAAAAGGAGAAUGCCUUGGAUGUGAAAUAGAGAAAAUAUAAUUAAAUUAAAAAUGAAUCCACACUUUUAGCGCGAGUGACACUGUUCACCAUAAUAUAUAACAUAUCCGAUAUUUGAUAUUAUUUUCCUAUUAUAUUUUCUCCCUCCAUAGCAUAGAUCCCUGCAUAGAUCACGUGUUUUGUCUCAUUGUCUUACUUUUAUAAGGCCAGAGGAAUGUAAUUUUUGUCUUCUAGUCUGGACUCUUCGAUUUCAUCAUUUUGCUUCAGCUACUUAUACGCUUUUUAAAAUUAUACUUCAGGUCGCUGAAACUGUAAGGCAAAUCGAGGUUCUAAAGUCAUACUUAGAACGACGAGGAGUCACAUUACCUCAAGAGUAUUUCAGAGCGAGAGUAGUUCUUCCCAAUCCAUACUGCAGGUACGCACCUGUACAGCUAGAAGAAUAUUUACAAUUAUGCUUCAAAAGUUUCUGCCCUAGUAAAUUUGUUGACAAAGAAAAAAACAUAAAAUAAUAAUAAUAAUAACAAUAAGUAAAUAAAUAAUUCUGCAGACGUCUUGGAAAAUUUGCGGUUUUCCAAUUCAGUGCCUUAAGAUUUUCUUUUCUCACUUUUUAACAUUACAUACGUGGAUAAAAAACAUAGAAAAUAUUGUCAAAUAGAGGUUAUUUUGCAGUCACUACUUGGAUUUGAAGCCAUAGCGAUUGGUAGGACCCAAGAUAACCAAAGGGAAACAAGAAUAUAGAAAGAGUAGGUUCAAGUUGCGUCCUAAAGUUGUUUACCCUCCUAGGUGACUCAUAGCUUGUGUUUAUAAAACCUAGCGAGGUAAAGUAUCUUUGACUUUAUUAUUUGGACAUGCUAUAUGCUUUAACUCAUGAUUGCAAGUUAUGUUUGCAUUCCCAGAACUGUUUGAUGAUGGCAUGGUUCCUUUUUAAUGGAUUUAUUACAAAUCAAGUGGAAGAAAUACGUAAUGAUAUUGAGGUGUGAUUUGUUAGUGGUUAUACCAAAUUAUCUUAGUAUUUUCUGUUUUUGAGUGAAACACUGUAGAUCUCUGUAUCAAAUGCAGGCGACUGCCUAAAGCAAUGUAGAAAAAUUUUCUAGUCUCAAUAUGAGCAUUCAUUUACAUAGAUGUAUGUAUAUGUGUUCGUUCUUUUAUUCAUGUGCAUAUUUUUAAGGAAUAUAGUCAACCAAACGUCCCCAAAAAUUUAUGUAGAACAUUGGUCACAUAUGAAUUUUUAUCACGUGUGGUUUGAGCAAGAAACUUGAAGUGACCGUUAGUAAAUAUUAGACGCAGUUUAGAACGUUGGCUUAGGUUUGCAUGAAAAUGCUUGUGUUGUAUGAUGCGUGUAAUCAUCAAUAUUUGUUCGUGUUUUCUGUUUUCAUGUGAUUGUGAUAUACCUCCUGACUUAUAUAUGGGAAAUAUCCAAUCCAUAGAUACGUUUAUCGGUUAAACACUCUGCUCAUUCACUGGAGUAAUUUGGUUGCACGGAAAGUUUCUGUAGCACAUAUUUAUUUAUUAUACAUUUUAACCUGUUUUCUUCAAUGUACUAUUAUCUACUUGUAUGUAAUCCUAUGCUUUGCUGUUGUUCAAAUUUUCCUAGGGUCAGUCCUUCAAUCUAUUCUGUUCCGGAGGUCAUUACUCAUGAUAAAUGGAGUGACCUGAAACCAGAAGGAAGAAGUGGAUUUCCCCUUUGGAUUAAAGAUGCAUUUCGUGGUGGUAAAGGUGAUUCGCCAGAUGGAAUAUAUCAGAAGCUGCAAUUUAUUCUAAGCACAGCUCCUAUGUGGGAUAGGUCUGAUAAUCUUCUGCAGUCACUUUAUAUUCAUUUUUAAUUAGUUUUUUUACUUUUUGAUGCAUCUCCAGUGCGAACAGCAUUAGAGUUCCUAGUAAAGAUAACUGAUAAUUUAUGGUUUACGAAUUCUUUGUACAGUAUUGUUGAAGCAUCUUUUGUAGCUUCCUUGCACAUUUUUCUGAAGAGGAAUGCAUGUGCUUCUGUGGUCACAGAAUUUAUGCUUUUCAAAAUAACAGGGGUUAAGCAUAUAAUUAUAUUUUCUAUGAUCAUCUUUAAAUUGUAAAGAUUCAAAAAGCCUUGCAUGGACGUAAUGAUAUAUGAUGGAUUGAAUGCUGAGAUAAGAUUCAUCUUCCCAAAUAUCAAUUAGUUGGGUUUUUGUGGAUUAUCAUGAUGAUAAAAAAUUUAUUGCACCAUAAGCAUCAGAAGUAUAGUUCGAAGGGUUUUGUUUUUAGCUGAAGAUUGAACAGUUAUUCUUAUACCAUAGUUCAUUCAAGUUUAAAUACCGUCGUAAACGUAGGUACAUAGUGGAAGAGUUUCUAUUGGAAGUGAAGAUUCUGGUUUCGAGGGCCACACAUUGAAGAGUUUCUAUUUAUGAAUCACAUGCUAUCUUAAUGAGUAACACGAGGAUAUCUUGCAGUCUUUGUGAGGAGCCCUCGGAAGGUUCGUUCCUUUGUUGAUCAUUCUCAUUAGAAUUCAGCAGUAGCUAUUCCACAAGCUCCAUCUCCAGUGGAAUCUCCAAAGGGAUGUAGAGACUGGACAAUUUAGUAUUGGCAUUGGAAACUUUGAAUUGAUCACAACAUGUGGCGGCUUAUAUUCAAUCCAAGGGAUAAUGCCAUUUAGUAGACAGUAAUAGUCAGAUUUUGAGAAGAUGAAGUUGUGUCUGUCAAAAUAGAAGGUAAAUAUUUGGGCUACAAUUCAUAGAUCCCUCAUCACCUACAUAGAUAUCAAGAGAGUGCCGCAUUGCACACGAAGGCCUAAUAUAUAGCCGUUUAAUGGACCCCCAUAUUUUAAAUGGCUUAGAAACUGUUGGAGAACACUAGCAAAUGGUGAGAGAAGGGUGGAACAUGGAGAAAAGCUUAUGACUCAGAAGAAUACCUUUGAGCAGUGGAAGGCCCAGAAUACCAAAAGAAAUUGUAGGACAGGAAGAAGGGUGCCUUCAAGUUGUAGGAGAAGGCCCAGAGAACAGUGAGAAAUCCUCAAAUCCUUGGUCUGAACUGUGGAGAGAAUUUUUCACUCGACUUCGUCCUAGGGGUACACGUUUACACAUGAAUGUGAUGGUACAGAUUUCUUGGACCCAAAAUGUAUCCGAGACUUAAUGGGUUAGUGGGCCCAACUCUAACACUUAGAAACAAUGGAAAAAGGGGUCCUGAUUCUCAAGAGUAGCAUAAAAUGAUGUGGGCGUAUUGCAUCCUUAAUUGAGAUAAACUCUCCAGCAGUGGCCACAAUUAUCUGUUGUGCUAUGGACCAACACGUUCAAAAUGUUGACGGACAGCAGCCUUUAACUAGGAAAACUGUUAGACUAUGGACAUUACAGUGACAUCAUUUGUAGGCCAUCUUUUCGUGGACUAAAGAUGUUGUUUACGCAUAAUUUCGAGAGAAUAGUGAGUUUUUACAAGAACAUUUCUCGUUACUUUAUAAAUAGCAAAUACAUGGCACUUCUUCAACCAAAUAUCAAUGUUCUUUCAGUAUUUCACUCAUCCAGGUUACCCUAUAAGUCAUCGCAUCUUGGUACCAUGUGCCAUCUGUUCUCAUGAAUCUUCAUGUAUAUCACUGUUCUAGAGUUCAUACUUAAUAUGCUUCAUUUGAGUGAAGUCAAAGACCUUUGGUUCUGAACAGAGCGGUGCUCCUUUUAUCUUGCAGGUUGGAACUUAUGGGAGAUAAAGUCAUUCUUGGAGAGUUUCUAGAGUUCAAAGGAAAGCAAGAAGAUUUACAAUCCCUACAAAACCUCAAGAGAUCAAAAGUUAGCCAGUUUGUGGUCCAAAAAUCAUUGUUUACGUCACUAGGUAACAUUCCGCAACAUCCUGCUUGAAUUUAUACAUCUAAUGGAUUUAAAUGUAGGAAGAACUGGAUUACUUAAAUUGUGUCGAAUCUCAAGUAUUCCCUGAUAGUAUUUAGUAUAAUCGGCUCUUGAGACUAAAAUAAGUUGAAGUUGAAAAAAAUCCUAUUAACUCUUACACUUUUCCCCCUCUCCAUGGAAAUGAGUAAACUGAAAACUCAAGCUUCAGUCUCAAGUAGACGCUGUUAAAAGAUGCUUGGAUUGGAUAUACCUUCGAAUUUUUGAAGAAUUUACUGCUGAUGGAAGCGUCUUAGUCCACAGGAUUACCUUUUAGAAUGUGUUUUUAUCAAGCAGCUAUGAAUAUCUGCUGGUACAUUCAAGAUAAAUGUCAUACCUCAUAGAAUCAGGCUCAGUCCAUUGACGUCAUAGCGAGCAUAUUUUUUGAACUUCAUUCUACCCGUUCAAUUCAGAAAAAUGGUUUAGAUUCUACUUUACUCUCAUUUGACUCCCCGUUUUUCAUGCUUCAUGACAUCAUUAAUCUAUACAAGUUUCUGUAUUUAAUUCAAUUUGAUGUGUUUCCCAAGCAAAACCAUUGCUUACGUAAUUAGAUUGUAUAUACAUUUUUUUAAUACGAGGAUUGAGUGAUUGACAACGAAUCCAGGAAGGAUUGCAUAUAACCGACUUAAAAGUAAGAAGUAAUAGCAUUAGCUAUUACUUAGGAUUGGUAGUGGCCAAAUCUGCUCUGAUUUCACGGAUGACUAUUCGACGCCUUUUGAAAUAUCUACUAAGUUACUCUAUCCUUAGUGUAUCAAAGGAGUCAGCGGAUGAGAGUUACAGUGACAAGUUUGUUGAUGACUCGGUCGUAGAGUAGAGUUUACGAAAUAGAAUUGGACUUGAAUCAUAAUUUUGAAUGCAGGUAGGUCAAAGGUUCAACUCUUGUAUAUUCCCCGUGACUAUCGAGGAGAAGGAACAUCAGCUUCAGAGAGGAAGGAGAUAACUGUGAAGGAGAGCACCGAAGUUAUCUUCCAGCCACUUCAAUCGAGGAAGGUGGUGAGGUGCAAGCUCUCUAAAAUUGUCUCAUUGUCACUGAGCGCCUGA